AUGAGUUCUCAUAACGGAAUGAACAUGGGCGCAGGCUCCCCACCCUCCCAGGAACGAAAGAGGAAAGAAGCCCCAGGAACGGUUGACCAGGGCGUCAGCAACAAGAGGGCGGCAGCGGUGGGUUCUGCGCCAAUACCGGAAACAGCAAACGCAACACUAUUGUCAACACCAGCACCGACAAAUCAAGUCAAUGACGAGUGGAAAGAAAAGCUAGACAUGUCUCCACCACAGAAAAAAGAUACCACUGUCCAUGAUGGAACGACUACCGCAGAGGACGCGUCUAUUGCGGAGGUGGCACAAAAAAUGAUGGCCGACGGCAUGGGUGAUUUUAAAGUGCCACAAGGUGCUCCAGCCUCGGACGAAAGCAAGAUUGUCCACUUUCUUUAUGGCAUUGAGUUUGGCAAGGACUUGAGUAGGGAUGCACGAGUUGCUCAAAUUCGAGAAUUUCUUGACCAAGACGCCAAGCCACGAAUGCUGCACCUUCUCCAAGAAGAUAGCGACACGACAAACUGUCCCGACAAUGUCGAUCUAUGGCGUGAGAUUCAAUCAGUCGUCCUUCGCUACAGCAAGCAAGACAAUGAUGUUACGAUCUUUGACGGCAAGAACAUGCCCCUUGUGUUGCGUAUUCAAGCUACCAAGAACUGCUAUCAGCAUGCUACUGGAGGCACCGUGGGCUACAAAAUUGCUUUCCACCAAGGAGACAACGAGAACAAGGUCUACACCGUGGACGUUGCCAAGUUCAUGUGCCGCCAGUAUAAUGAUCGUAAGCUCAAGCGCCGUGUACUACAAAACAAAGGGGGUGCUUCGAAAAGGCUGUUAGAUAACCAAUCGUGUGCAACGGUGCGCCAAAAAAGUCACCGUGGAACUUUGAUUGGAUUUUGA